AUUGAUAUAUUUUUCACAUCCCUAAUCGCAAUUAAAAUAAGCCGAUUUUUCUGAUAAUAAUAAUAAUAUUUAAUAAGUCUGAGUUAAAAGCCCUGCGGGAUUAAUUUUUGAACCAGUCAGCAUGCCUACCAUUGGAGUUAAAAGGGAUCUGCUCUUCGAGGCGCUCGGCAAGACCUACACCGAUGAUGAGUUCCAGGACUUGUGCUUUGCCUUUGGGCUUGAGCUGGAUGAAGUGACCACGGAGAAGCAGAUGCUGACCAAAGAGCAGGGCGAUGUGGCAGCGGCUGCAAAUGCCAGCGAGGAGAUCAUCUACAGAAUAGACAUACCAGCCAACCGGUACGAUCUGCUCUGUCUGGAGGGUCUGGUCACGGGUCUGCUGGUGUUCCAGGGAAAGGUGAAACCCCCGAAGUUCCAGUUUGUGGAGCCAGCCAAAAGGCAGGUCCUAAAGAUUGACCCUUCAACGGCCAAGAUUCGUCCCUAUGCGGUGGCCGCAGUGCUCCGUAACGUGACCUUUACGCAGGCCUCCUACAACAGCUUCAUCGAUCUGCAGGACAAGUUGCACCAGAACAUCUGCCGCAAGCGCACCCUGGUGGCCAUCGGCACCCACGACCUGGACACCAUCCAAGGACCCUUCAGCUACGAGGCUCUGGCGCCGGAGCAGAUCAAGUUCAAGCCGCUUAACCAAGCAAAGGAGAUGACUGGCAGCCAGCUGAUGGACUUCUAUGCCACGCAUGCCCAGCUGAAGCAAUACUUACCCAUCAUUCGGGACUCCCCGGUUUAUCCGGUGAUCUACGAUGCCAACCGAAAGGUACUGUCGCUGCCGCCCAUUAUCAACGGCGACCAUUCCAAGAUCUCGCUGAAGACCAAGAACGUGUUCAUCGAGUGCACGGCCACGGAUAGAACAAAGGCCAAGGUGGUGCUGGACACCAUUGUGUGCCUGUUCUCCGAGCACUGCGCCCAGAAGUUCACCGUGGAGCCGUGCGAUGUGGUCCAGCCCGAUGGCAGCGUACUCUCCUAUCCGGAGCUGGAGGUGCGCGAGGAGCGGAUCUCGGUGAAGCGCGCCAAUGCCUACAUUGGCAUCGAGGAGCCCGCGGAGAAGCUGGCCGACAUGCUGACCCGCAUGUAUCUGGAGGCGAAGGUCGAUGGCGACUCGCUGGUAGUGAAGAUUCCACCCACGCGGCACGACGUUAUCCACGCCUGUGACAUCUACGAGGACGUGGCCAUUGCCUAUGGUUAUAACAACAUAAAGAAGUCCCUGCCUGCCUUCAUGCAGAUAGCCAAACAAUUUCCGCUCAACAAGCUGACCGAACAGCUGCGCGAACAGGUGGCCCAGGCAGGCUUCACCGAGGCGUUGACCUUCACGCUCUGCUCGCGUGAUGACAUCGGACGCAAGCUCAACAAGAGCAUUGAAGCCCUGCCAGCCGUGCAUAUUGGCAAUCCCAAGACCUUGGAGUUCCAGGUAGUGCGUACGACCUUGUUGCCCGGUCUUCUCAAGACUCUGGUGGCCAAUCGGAAGAUGCCGCUGCCGCUGAAGCUGUUCGAGAUCAGCGACGUGGUGGUGGCGGACGAGAACACGGAAGUUGGGGCACGCAAUGAGCGCAGGGUGUGUGCCGUCAACUGCAACAAGACCGCUGGCUUCGAGGUGGUCCAUGGCCUGCUGGAUCGCGUGAUGCAACUGCUCUCCGUGCCCUGGAAGACGGCGAACUUGACCAAGGGAUAUUACCUCCAAGCAGCAGAGGACCCCAGCUAUUUCCCUGGCCGCUGCGCUAAUGUCAUGUACGACAACGUGGUCAUUGGCAAGAUUGGAGUCCUGCAUCCAACAGUGCUGCAAGCCUUCGAACUAACCACGCCCUGUUCGGUGGUAGAGUUCACCAUUGAGCCCUUCGUCUGACAGAUUUAAUCGAUCAACAAAAUGUUUAACAUUUUCCAAAGGGUCACAAAUAAAUUAUCACAAAUUAAAUAAAUAAAAAUCUUUAA